AUGCACCAGAUUUACAGCUGCAGCGACGAAAAUUUAGAAGUUUUCACCACCGUGAUUUCAUCCAAAUCAUGUAGUCCUGCCCGAAGGAGAGCCAAAAGCGCGCAUCACAUCCUGACAAAGAGCGUGGUAGCAGUGUCUGACUGUCGCCCCCACCGGCCAGACAAGCUGCAGCCCCACCACGGCGACCUCUUCCAGGUGCUCUACAGAGAAGAAGAGGUGCACAGCUUGGGCCAGGGUGGGCAGCAGGGACCCUGCAGCCCCAAGCACGUGGGAAUAACUGAACGAGAAACAUCCAAACCUUGUAAUCACCAGUCAAAUGGGAAACCUUUGCCUCCGACAUCGCUAGCCCUCCCCAUCACAGCGAAGCCGGCUCUCAUAGGAUCAAGCACGGAUGACCACCCACUUGCAGAAGACCGUAGGCAGCGCUUGAGGAAGAUGGCAGAGUAUGACUUGAACAUGACACCAGGAGCAGAAGCUUCUCUGCCACUGACGGGAGGCAGCCUGUAUGGGACACCCAGCUUGCUGAGGAAGAUGUGGAUGAAGCACAAGAAGAAGUCGGAGUACCUGGGGGCAACAAACAGUGCCUUUGAGGCAGACUGAUAAGUCUCAGCAUCACUCAAAAAGACAAAAGUUCCUUUAGCUAGGACGAGGUGCUCUAGGAUUGAUGAAGGAACAGACUCAGCACAGCUCCCUAUCCUUUUCAUUACUUGAUGCCACUGCCUCAGAAUGGUAGGAGAAAGAAAGGCUAAUUAAGUCAAAACGGUGAGUAUGAUGCAAAGUGUCAGCCUUUCUUUGUUACAAUACACUAGAAUCCCAAAUAUCUCACCACAUUCACAUCUCGACUCAGCGAUGCUGAAACUAUUGCUGACCUAUUGUAUGCAUCCUGUCUGAAUCGUCUCAGACACACAAGAGAAGCCAACCAAGAUGUUUGUGUUCUUCUGUAAGGUUGCAGUUCUCUUUUUGUUAUUGAGUGCCACUAAGUGCCAGGGCUUUGCUCACUGUGUACCACUUUAGUCCUCCUUCCCCUUCACAUAUCCACUCUUUAGAGAUAUGAGAUAAAAAACACGAUAUGCUUGGAUCAACAACAUAUGCUAAACAUAUUUUUCCUUCAGUUUUGAUGUUUCAAGGAGUAAAAGAUGGAAAAAUUUUAAAAGAAUGGGUGAGUCAGAACUGAGUAAGUUUGCACUUACCAAACUUAUCUACAUGGCCAGAGAUUGGUGUUUUAGUGCCCUACCAGAUCAAACUAUGAGAACUGAAUAACCUCAACAAAUACAUUCUUCCAUAGAACACAUAUACUAAAUCAGCAACUUACUGUCUGUGUGGUACCGAGUAUUUCUAAAAGUGCACAAAUGAUGGUAGAAAAUACAUAAAUGAUGCAACUAAACAACUACAUAUGAAAUAUGAAAUAUUUGCUCAUAGGAGAUCUUUGUUUAUGA